CGAUCACAAGUCAAUGGAACAGGAAACGAGAUCUCGAGAUCGUUUUCUUUUCAGUUAUUUUCGCUAUUUUGCCUUUUUUAGUUUCAUUGCGAUAUUUCAGAAAUUAAGUUGUCGGGAUGCUGAGGAAUUUAGUCUUCUGUCUGGGAGUCAUCCGGAUAACGUCGAUGGAGACGGCUUUUGAAAUUGGGGAAGCUAAGCUGGCAGGAAUUCAGGAGACCUCCGGCACGAACAUGGUGGCGCUCACUGCUCCGAACCCGCGCAAAGAAAUCGUCAGUCCUAUAAAAACCAACGUGAUUUCAGGCCGAAAGCAAAUUCAGCAAAAGAAACCCAACAGAGUCAUGAAGCCACCCCGGGAGUCCCGUCGGCUCAUGCCCAAGUGUUCGAAAGUCUUGGAAAGCUGCCUACCCUUCUCCUUGUGCUGUGACCCCUGUGCCACCUGCCACUGCCGCUUCUUCAAUGCCAUCUGCUACUGUAGAAAGCUGAACCGAAACUGCAGGAAGAAGAUAUAAAGGCUCGACUUCUAAGUCUGGAUGAUUGACAGCUGUAACAUCUCUGACGUCACUUCCUGUGUCCGACUGCCUGGACCCGCCUCUUCCUACCGGAAGGACAUAUAACCCUUGGAAGUUUGGCCAUUCUGAGAUCAGUGCACUGUGGACCUCCCGUCUGAAAGACUUUCUUUGCAAUUAUUGUUUGUUUUUUCUGCUUUUCAAGUACACGGGGCCAUUGGGUGGUGCCCCCCUUCUUUCUUGUGAUCCGUCCAAUCUCUUACAAUUUCCUUAAAUUGUUAGGAGACAUACUAGACAAAGCGUGUGAUUCCUUUUUAGAUUAGAUCAGAUCAACUCUAUUAAAUGCAUGGGAAAAUUAAUUUUUAGCCUUUUU